UGCUAUGAAUAUGAAGAAUGAAGUUAGCGAGAACAGUAACCGACAUUUUCUGUUUGUGCUCCAAUUUUUAAUUAUUUUAGGAAAGAAUCGUUAAUUUUCAUAUAAAUUAAAAAUUCGUGUUCGAAUUUUGGUUGUAUACAAUUAAUUGAUUCGGCUAAUAGAAUUUCGAUUAAAAUGGCGUAUAAACCCAGGAAUAAUACCCAAAUGAACAAAAGUAAAAAUAACGCUCGUAAACGUCGACGUGGGGUAGGUACGGCACGUUCAAAGGUUGCAGAUGCCCGACAAAGAUUGGAUAACAAAAAACGUAUGAUAGUGACAGAUGCCAGAGAUGUUUUAGCCCAACGAGCCAAGACUAAAGAUGCCCGAAAUCGUUUAUUGAAACUAAGAGAGGUCCGUGAAGGUGGUGUCCUCAAUGGAAAUAUCAGACCUAUUGGCACGAAUAUCUAUCAGAAAACUGACCGUAAUGGCAAAAUUUCAUUGAUCACAAACAAAAAUAAGCAAAGCACAACCGAUAUUAACUUAGCAGUACAGCAACAGCUCGGUUUAAUUGCUCAAAGAAAGAAGCCAGCAUCGAAGAGAUCACCCAUACACCGAAAAUCUUCAUCUCGUAAUCUUCCGCCACACUUGAUUCGGAAAACAAUCCUUAACGACUUGGGCUUUCAUUCUUUCCCUUUAAUAAAUGACGGAUACUUCCCAAUUUCGAGCGUAAGCUUAAGUAAUGUCAGUCCAAGGCUCUCGUUCCCUUCAGUGGCACAAUCUUCACGUCCACGAAGACAUUUACAAGAGAAUGCCGAGUGGGAUCGGUACAGUACUCCACGAAAUAGAGGUAGAAUAAUGCCCAGCGGAUACAUUGAUCUUGAUGCGCCUGUUGAUGAAGAAAUGCCUUUGGUGUCGCCCAUCAAACAUUCUAUAUUUAUGCAGCGUCCCUCUCGUCUAUCCAACGUUCACUCACGUCUCGACGUUAGUCCAGUUCAAACGCAAUCUCACGGUAUUUUUUCUUCGCCCACAAAGACAAAAGUGGUUGUUCCGGCUGGACAUCGAAUUGUAGUCUCGAAUUUACAACCGUCAGUAACUCAGGACGAUAUUAGAGAACUAUUUGAAGAUAUCGGGCAAUUGCUCGUAGCACAACUGGUACGUCCGGGCACAGCGGAAGUGAUCUAUAAAAACUUGAAGGAUGCACAGAAAGCGGUAGAUACUUAUCACAAUCGACAACUCGACGGGCAACCUAUGAAAUGUCUUUUAGUUAAUAAAAGACCUCUUAAUAAUCCAACUGGUCCGGCAGUAACUCCUAAGCAAGAGUCUGUCGCAAUGAUUGCCGCCCUGAGUAAGAAAGCUGUGGCCGCAAAAAACAAUGAGAAGUUAGUUCCCGAUUUGCAAACCAUUCACAAAGUUUUGUUUCAGAGGAAUUAAGUUGUUCAGGAUUUGUUUUAUGCCAAAUUAUUAUACUAUAUUUUAUGUU